AUGAAGCCCCAGGCAGAAUGGGCCGCUGAAAAGCCCGACAAGGCAAAGUUGGCAACAGAAGCAACAAUGAAGUCAAUAAAAACAUCAGAUGUUAAUUUUCCUGCUAGUAGUGUUAAGUAUGCGGGUACAAAUGUUGUAGAAGGAACAGUUAAAUCAACAGAAGAUGUUGUUAGAGAAAUGAGGACAUGGCUUAAGACUGGUAUUGCCCCCGAUGGCACACGAAUGAUGACCGAUGAAGCCUCCCAGUG